GAGAAAUUGCAAUCCUGCAAGAUACUGACAUCCACUUUUACCGUAGGGGGAAAACUUUCUAUAUUUACUAACUUUACGGAAUAAUUAUAAUAACUGUAACAAAUAUGAUGUAUAUUUUUAUACUUUUCGAUCCUAAUUAAAUGACACUUUAUAAAGAAAAUGAUACAGGACGGAAACACGUGCUCACAAAGUUCUAGGAAAAAGAUUGUAUUAUAUUUUUUAGUUAAAAUUCAUCAUAGAAAUGUCUCAACCAUGGAUGUCUGAUCUCAUCGGUGUACUCAGAGGAGUUAAGAUAGUAACUAAUGCCGUCAUAAAGCAUCAAGAAGAUGCAGUUAAGCAUUUAAUACAAACAUCAAGUUUGAAAGCUGGCGCAGAUAAUUGUUUAGCUAAUGGUAUAAAGAAAUUAAAUAAUAUAGAACCAAGUAAGGUUCCUAGUCAAGUGGCAAGAGAACUCAAAGAAGUAGCAGAACGAAUAAAUAUCGUUGAAAAGGGCAUAAUGGAAUUUAUUAAAAUAAAAAGUAAUGAAACCAUGGGGAUGCCAACGGACCAAUUCGAUCCUACGAAACACAACAAAACUAAGUUGUAUGUUUACAAUCCUGCGAAAGAUCCGAAAGAAGUACCGAUUGAAACGAAUGCUGCAAGUUUACAACAGAAUGUUAAAUCUGAUGGUGCGAAUAAUGUACUAGGAAAACGAGAUAAACCUCUGAUAAGAAAAUAUACAACUGUGAAAGAAAAAAUUGAAACAAUUACCAAGCUGGAAGAUGAAAUACCUAAGAUCGAACUUUCAGAUAAAGAUAAAGAAAUUUUAAGAAGAUUAGAAAUUGAACAUGAACAGAGUAUAAAAAAUCAGAAUACAAAAGAAAAUAUUGCGUCAGAAGUUGAUCCUCGGGUAUUAGUAGAACAAGCAAAGGAAAAUGUAAAAAUCUCAGAGAAACCUCAAGUUAGAUCAUCUGUUAAACCAAAACAAACUCUAUCGUCUAAUGCAAAAGCACAAAAAGUUCCAUCUACCAGAUUGCAGAGAAUGAUAAGCUUUGGAACGUUAGGAAUUGGUCUUGGCGUUGGUACAGUAGCAGAGUAUACACGCAGAACAUUCGGGUUAAAAAGACAAAGUCUUGGAGACACGUUUGAUAAUAUGUUUCUUACAAAGGCAAAUGCAGAAAGAAUAGUUUCAACUUUGUGUAAAGUAAGAGGUGCAGCCUUGAAAAUUGGACAAAUUUUAAGUAUUCAAGAUGAGAACACUAUUAAUCCCGAAUUACAAAAAGUUUUUGAACGAGUUAGACAGAGUGCUGAUUUUAUGCCAACGUGGCAAGUUGAGAAAGUAUUGAUCGGUGAACUUGGACACGAUUGGAGAAAAAAAUUAGCUACGUUCGAAGAUAAACCAUUCGCUGCUGCUUCUAUUGGCCAAGUGCAUCAUGGUACUUUAUUAAAUGGUCAGGACGUAGCAAUUAAGAUUCAAUAUCCUGGUGUAGCUACGGGAAUUCAAAGCGAUGUUGAAAAUUUAGUAGGCAUACUAAAGGUUUGGGAUAUUUUUCCAAAAGGUAUGUUUAUAGAUAAUCUAGUGGAAGUUGCGAAACGAGAACUUGCAUGGGAAGUUGAUUACGUAAGAGAAGCGGAAUGUACAAAGAAAUAUAAAAGAUUCGUGGAGCCUUAUUCGGAUUAUUAUGUUCCUGCAGUAAUAGACGAGCUGUCGACGUAUCAAGUUUUCACAACUGAGAUGGUAGAAGGUAUUCCGGUAGAUAAAUGUACAAAUAUGGAUACGGAAGUCAGAGAACAUAUUUGCAAAUUGAUAAUGCAUUUGUGUCUCAAAGAAUUAUUUGUUUUCCGCUAUAUGCAAACAGAUCCAAAUUGGUCGAAUUUUUUUUAUAAUACUAAUACAAAACAGUUAGUAUUACUAGAUUUUGGUGCGUCUCGAGAGUACGAAAAAUCGUUUAUGGACAAAUACAUAGAAAUAAUUUAUGCUGCUAGUGAAGGUGACCGUGAUAAAAUUUUAAAUUUAUCCAAAGAAAUGGGAUUUCUUACAGGAUAUGAAUCUAAAAUUAUGGAGGAAGCUCAUGUAGAUGCAGUGAUGGUUUUAGGACAAGUAUUCGAUAAAAAUCAUGAAUACUAUGAUUUUGGAGGACAGAAUGUGACCAAACGAAUGCAGUCACUAGUUCCAACGAUACUGGAUAACAGACUUUGCCCUCCGCCCGAAGAGAUAUACAGCCUACACAGGAAGUUGUCAGGAAUUUUCUUACUUUGUGCUAAGCUCAAAGUUAAAAUAAAUUGUCGCGAUAUGUUCCGUGAAAUAUAUACGAAUUAUAAAUUUGGAUAACCUAACUUAAUUGUAAAUAAGUAGAUUUUAAUUAAAUACGUAUUAUUAAUUAAACAUAAAUAUCUUUAAAAUUAAA